UUUUUUUUUGGGCGUAUCGGCCAUUAAGCAGCGGCUCAGCUUUGCCGGAAUUACGUUUCAAUUAGCAUAAUACGGACUGUAUUGGGUGAAUGGGAUCAAAAUAAUUUACAUUCCUGGCAUAUUGAUAGGGCAGUCUCUCUCGUUAAGUUCCCUCUCUAAUUCCGUCCACUUGACGAAUACUAAAUUGACGCACGAACGCUGCUUAGCGGUUACCCAAAAAUGAACGUGAUGUAAUAUUCAUGUGUUAGCGCUAACGGAAUGUUGUAUCAGUGAGAUACAGGAAAAUGCAUUUAAGUGGCCAUUGCAGAUUUAGCAGAUUGUAGGUUCAACGGAUUGUAGAUAUAGUUGAGUUUACGUGAAUGAUGAAAUAUCGUUCCUAUGAAGAUGUAUAGAGCUGUUUUGGAAAUAUAAAUUAAAAAAUAUAUUAAUCUUUUCUCGCUUUCACAUACUUCGUUUAGUCUGUUCUUUCAGAAAGAUUUUUUCAUUUCUUUUGCCGCGCAACCUGCGGAAAUGCUUGUAUUAUUUUAUUACGUAAUUAUAAGCUUUCCAGCAUAAAAUUCUAACAUAAAAUAUGCGCGUGCAUGUCUCAUUAUUCUUGAAAGGAUUAAUCCAUCAGUUUGAUAUUAACGUAACGCAUUGCGCGACGCUUUUGCCUUUUUUCCCGUAAUUAUAAAUAAUGGGCCGCGCAGAAAAUACUGGCCAGUUUACUCGUAAAUCAUCCUUGGUCAUCGAUGACAACGAUUAUUUAUAGAAUGGCGGAAACGGACACACUUGGGAGGCCAUUGGUACAGAUAGUACGCUAUAAAUACAGUGUACGCGGUCGCAUAAAACAGUCAAACGACGGCUGUUACUCUUUUACGUGUAAAUAUGGACAUUUAGAAGAUUUUGUUUCCUCCAGAUCUAAUGGCAAUAAUCCGAUUCAUCGCGAACAGAAUUACUGCACGUCCCAGAGUAUAAUCUCUCGAGAUAAUAAUGCCUCGAUCGAGAUCUGCGUAAAAGCUUUACUGCAGCCACAGAAUCCGAUUGCAAUAGGCAUCCUUAAAAAUACAGCACGCACGUUUUAUGCAUACGACGCUCAGCAUUGCACAUUGAGUGAUCGAUAACUCGCUCCAUCGUUAGCAGCACAAGCAGCCGUUGCACCAUACGCAGCACAAAUCGCUUCUUUCGGACCGUUCGUCCUGGUCGUUGUCACCGCGAAAUGUCCAUCUCUCCAUGAGGUAGAGAACAUCCGCAUGGAGAGUCCUACCAUACGUGCGUGACAAUUCUGUUUGCGCAGCUCGCACCGAUCAGCGCAACGUUAUCGUCGCAAUUAUCCAGCAAGAUUAAUGCCACGGGUAUCUGUGACGGCUAAUUACGAAGAGAGCAGUGUCGGGUGCCCGGUGUCGGACGUCGGGAUGCAUCGCCGCAUGCCCCGAAUACAGCAUCGUUGACGGAAUCUAAUAAGCAGCCGGAUGGCGAGUACACACGGCUCUUCUUUUGGACCGAAAUCGAAUUGGCCGUCAUCCCUGGUGUAUACAAUCGCAACGCACACGGAAUCGGCACGACCGCAUCAGAUCAGCCCCUCGUCGCGAUAUAUCUCUUCCUUCCUCUCGUCUCUCUCUCUCUCUCUCUCUCUCUCUCUCUCUCUCUCUUUCUGUCUUAUAUACUCUCUCGCUUUUGCUCGUCGUCUCACUUUCUCUUUCUCUCUCGGUCUCUCUCUCCCUCCCUGCAACGAGAUUAUGGUAAUUGACUAUCCGACUUGGAAACCCCCAUCAGGCAUAUCAAUUACGUACGUAUGCAUCCCAACCGGGAAUUUGCCUUUGAUCCGCUCAAACUCCAGCGGUAACACAAUUCACGCCUGCGUCUAAUCUCAAAUGGGAUUGCCUGAUGGCACAAGGGAACAUCGAAAUAGGCUUUCACCGAUUUUGCGAGGCCGCGAGGUCCUUUCGGGACCGACGAGCCGCGAAAGACGACCCUCCGCGAACGAAGCGCGGUCCGGUGCCAUCCCACGUUUCUUUGCGCACAAAAAUGUGCGGAAAUCUUGAACGCUUGAAAAUCUAGAGCACUCUAUGGAGUUUGGUAAGCGUAGCCGGUGCAUCGUCGAUAUUGUAUAUGUCGAUGUUAAACGUUGUAUCGUAUCGAUCAAUAUGAACAUAGUCUCAAUAGUCUGAUGAAACGCCAGAAUUACAUGUAGGGAGCUCUAUUGACAUUAACUGAUUUGUAGUCGCGUGAUCAAUGAGCAAAUUACAUAGGAUUACAGUACGUUAAUCAAUAUAUAAUAGGAAUAGAUUUUUAAUAGCAAAACAUCAAACAUUUGUUUACAUGAUUGACCACGAAUAGAAUUUAUUUACAUACGCACAUCAUACUUUUUAUAUAUAAAAGAUAUUUAAUUUGUAUAAAACUAUAGUAAUUAAUAAUUGGCAAUUUUUAUGAUCAUUAUUGUACCUUCAAGUAAAUGUUCAAAAUGCAAUUAAUUUUUAUGAGACAUGAAAAUUGAGGUACUUUUAUUUAUACUUGGAUCAUAUUUAUAGUAAGAGUUUCUCACGAGAAAUCACUCUUUAGCUUUUUACUGAAAGUUACUGGCACAUCUUUAGUUGUGCGUCAAAUCGAAUGGAUUCCGCUAUAAACUACGGUAAACCGUUGUAACUUAAGUGGAUCAUUUCUUUGAUAAAUCGUAGAAACGUUGGAAUUUAAAGUAGCGUUUAUGCGAAGGAUCCUCUCUUCUUAAAUUACUUCUUACCCUACAUUAACUUCCACGAAAGCAUACGAUAAUAUAUGAAAUCAUAAGAAUGAGGUUUAAAGCGUACUUAAAAUUCGACAUAACCGAUUGCAGAGAUUUUGUCUUUUUAAUUUUAUGUUGUAUGUUAAAUAACAGGUAAAUAGAUUGCCGAGAAAAACAGCUGCAACAUUCGAAUUUUACAACAAUUACAGAUUAUUAUUGUAUCUGCUGUAAACUGGGUAAUCUUAAGACACUACGGAAGUGAAAAUAUUUGUAAUAUAGACAGUAAAAUUAGUUUUGCGAAUAUGUCAGAUUAUAUAUAGAAUGAUAGUUUUAUGAAAAAUGAUAAUUUUAUAUCGUCAGCUAAUGAUAAUCCGGUUAAUUAACACAAAUCCCGAUUCCAUUCGCUGACCGGUCGAUAUCACGUGCGCGAUAAGGAUAUGGCUGGCAAAGACGGCGACGAUAAAUUGAUGCUCGUAUCACAUCGGAUGCGACUUAACACACACGAGAUAUUCAGUCAGAAUACUCUUUCCGCGGUUUUAAACACCAAUACAUUUUUUUCGAGAGGUAACACAAUAUUCAUUAGCACGGAAGCUGACAGAUAAUUUCGGUAAUGGUUCGCAUCAGAUGCUUCUCCAUUUGUUUCGCGAUGUGUAUAAUAACAAUUCGCGCGAACACCGAUCGAAUCCUUUCAUUUUUUACGGUGUUUAUCUGCUAAACGAUGCCGCAUUUUUGUAACAUAACAAAAACACUCGCGAUAAACUGCACUGAAAUAAAUUGGCUCUGAUAAGCAUUUCUUUGUCGCGCACAACGAAAAAGCUUGUACGUGCCGUUCUGAAUCUGAACGUUCAAACAAUAAAAGAGAUAUGAACUGUGAAAUCUAAAGAUAAAAUUCAAACAAAACUACUAGAAUAGAACAAAUCGGAACUUUAGAUUGUUUAUGCUUUUAAAAUUAUAGUUACAUCUACUAGCAUCAACGAAUAAUCCAUGUAUUUUUGUUAUCAUACGAAAGUGUGUCAAAAUACGUAUAUUUCUCUCUUCUAAAAAAAAUAUUUAUUGCAAAAAUUUCAAAGCAGGUUUUCAUUCUUGCGGUUAAUAUUUCAUUCUUUUCCUAUUUUCAUUCUUGUCUUAUUUUGCAAUAUAAACUCAUACGGAUUAUUAAAAACACAUUUUAAAGAUAAAUUAUAUAAAUUCUAUUAAUAUUGUUCACAGAAAACAUCGUUAUUUAAACAUGAAACAUGUUAUUUAAACAAUCUUUUUCGUUUUGCAUUUAGGAUCUCUAAUUAAGGAAACAGCAACACAUUUAAUAAUACUUCAGUGACAAAUUAACGAUAUACGAUAUUGAUAAGCAUUGAUAAUAAUGAUAAACCAAAUUUGUAACGAAUAUACGUAUAAAUGUAAACGCAGUAAUCUCUGAAUUCUGCAUCUGAAAUUAUCUGAAAACUCAGGAUCUAAACGAGACUUCUAGAUCACCAGCUCGCGCGUGGUGAUUCAGUGAUCUAUCGGUCACGUUUAAUCGCCGAUAGAUUAUCGGCGUAUAAAAGACUGUAUUCCGUCGAUCGACAAUCCAAAGUUCUCACGUACGCGGACAACAUGACACACUUUAUCAUUUUCGUGCUACUUCUUCUGACUGGGCGUCUCGUCCACGGUGUUACGGAAAAUGUCAAGUUUUUUUAUGUGGGAGACUUAGCGGACUUGAGAACAAACCUGACCGAAAAGAAUGAAACCGUUAAGAAAUGCAUCCUCGAGACCAACCAGGGUGAAGUACUGGAUUAUAACCCUGCGAACUACGACAUAAUCAGAGACGACAUCGAAUUGAUUGACUCCGAUACGUGCUCGAUUCGCAUAUACAGAAUUAACAACACUCAUGCAGGUAUAUGGAAAAUAACGACGUACAUCGUGCAGAAUCACGAGGAUGAGAAAAAAAUUAGCAAUCAGAAUGGCGAUUCGAAGGAGGAAGUGUUCAUGUUCCAUCUGCACGUUAGACAGACAAAGAAAGCUGUACCUUCGCAGUACAUCGAAGCAUACGACGGGCAUUACAUAAGUAUGAAGCACAUCGAGAAUUAUGAGAAUCUCACGGCAUGCAAUUUGACGGGACCUAUGACGGAAUCGAUAAAUUUGCUAACGGAGAAACAGGACGGCUUCCAACUUUUUGGUCAAUGCGGAGUCCGUAUGAAGGUAAAUGCUACUUAUGAGGGCUCUUGGGCACUUCACGCGAUCGUUGACGAUUAUAUGCACUAUGAGAUAUCGUUUCUCGUCGAUGUCCAUCAACUGAAAAAGGAAGAUCCGGAUGAUAUGAUGGUUAUGCAAUGGACUCGUGGCUCUUCCGGCAUAAUCUCCUUACCAGAUGUACGGAAAAUUUGCCAAAUAGUGGCUCCCAAUGGUGUGAUCGUAGCAACGUCGCUCAAUAGAUGUUACCACGUGGUAAAAGUUGCCACGAUUCAGCAUGAAGGCGUGUGGCUCGCUCGUUACAAUAUGUAUGGAAUGCUGGAGCCUAUCGAGCAGAAAUUCAGAGUUGAAACCUUCGAUCAAGUAAUUUUCAACACUAGUGUCAGUUAUGUCGAGGACGGUAGUAUCAAAUUGCUCUGUCAAUUGGAGCUAAAGGACGCACGUACUCCGGAAUCGUGCAGCUUCAUCAGACCGGACGGCAAGACUCUUUACAUGACGCCUGCAAUAGGUAACGAAAGAUAUUCCGCCUACAUAAACUUUGACACCAAGCAUGGAUACAUGUACAAGGUUCUGGAGUGCGGGAUAAGAAUCCGCAAGUUCGAAGACGUCGAUUACGGCGCGUGGCGGUGCGAUCUUACGAUGCCAUACAAUCCACGCCAUUUCGGAUCCGUGCUUCACGUUGAUUAUCCUGAUUCUCGUGAGGAUGGAAACGUUAAAGUCAGGACAGUUAAAAUCAAGGCGGACCAGGUGCACGUAAAACGCGGUGACCCAUUCACGAUAAAAUGUAUUGCCGACUCUGCUCUGAAGUACUGUUGGCUGCGCAGCCCGAACGGAACUUCUUACUCCAUCACGCAAGACAAGGAAGUCGAGACACCUUUUGUUCUACCUUAUGAAGGCCAAGGACUCUGGUUUGGCGAAUGCGGAGCGAAAAUUUCGGCAGCUGUGGAUUCUGAUAAUGGGCAUUGGAGCUGUUUAACAGGGGUGGUUGACGGCGACGAGGAAAGCACGACGGUAUCGGUCACAGUAACAGAGACGUACCUCGUGGCCGAGCAGACGGAAAUAGCUGUCAGCGCACGAAACGAUCCAGUUCUGUCUUGCCACAUCCUUCCGCGUAUGCUGGACAGAACAGUUCAUUACUGCCGGUGGAUCCGACCCGACGGAUAUGGAAUUUACAAUGACAUAAGCCAUCGAUAUACGACCAGCAGCAGCUACUCCCAGUGCAGAUUAGUCAUCCUGAACUACUGCCCCGAAGAGGACAACGGUAACUGGACGUGCGUGGCUGGACUCAAGGGAGAGAACGGUCGCAUCGAGGAAGCUUGGGACCACGUUAGGGUGCAGGAGAUGUUCAGAGGCACGGUUUACCUUGGUAGCAGUAGUGUCACUAUACUGGCCAUUGUCAUCACCCUGGUAAUUCUCAUCGGCGGCAUCGCCGGCUUCAUCUUCGGGAAUCGACACAGGUUUCGUCGAUCCUUGCCGGAGAACCCGCCAACUUACAGCCCGCAACACUAUCCUCCGAAAUUCAAGUUUGACGUGAAGGAGGCGCAGUACUAAUGAGAGAGAUCAGUCCAUUAAUCAUGAGUAACACGUCCGACUACGAAGUGUCGAUUAUGCGGUUGGAAUUUCAAGAUAAAACGAUAUCCGGUUUGGGAAGAAAAAUGAUUAAAGAGAGACACGACACACGAUCAAUCGAUUUAGAAUUCUUAUUAGAGCUUUUAAGACAUAUUUAUGCAAAUAUUAAUAGAACAAAUAUAUCUCUGAAAUUUGCACUAUGUUAUGCGGAGUAAUUCUUUUGUAUAUUUUAAUUAGCUAUGUACAAAAGUUUGUUAAUUAGUUAAGAUUAAUGAAUGAAAUAAAUUUCAGCGUAUAUUAAAAGGA